AUUCCCAAGUUUUGCGUGUGGAUUAGAGUCUCGAUUCAGCCAUUGAAACUUUUCGUCAGGAAAGUUUAUUAGCUGGUACGCUGGUACCACUGGAGCAUGCUUGUCCACUGUCAAGUGUUUAGCUACAGUCUGUGCAGCUCAAUGGCUCUAAGCGGUGUCCCUGUCUUUUAAUAAUGUGAGGUAGUCAAUUAAUGGACGUUCUGUUGUUCAAGGACAACUCCUACUGUUGGUUAUACUGUUUAAGUGUUUUUCGAAUUAAUUUUUAAGAGGACUAAAACUUGAAAAAUGUACCAUAAUUAUUCAAUCGGGUAAUUUAGUUCCAGCUUAACGCUAUCUAUAAACGCUAGUUGUAUGCGGAAGUUACUUUGCUAGGAAUUUAUAAGCUCCCUCGUGUUUUCUUCUUCAUACUAUUUUCUUUUUAAUUUGCAUUGAUCUUCUGACAGACCCUAUGAGGCCACGUGGUUUUUGGAUGACGUUCUUGUAUUGUUAAAUGCGGUAUUUUAUGUUUAAAAAGCAUACAUGUCCUAAAAGAGGGAAACGUAUUAACGUGUACAAAGUAUCACAGCGGGAAAAUAAAACUCCGACAGGCGUGCAUGGACGAAAAAUCAAAACGCUGCGAGGCUCUCAUGCCAGGAGCCAAAGGAGCUGUCUGCUAAUUCUUUUCGAAUGUCGGUUGUUUGAGAUGAUUUGCAGGUGAGAAAUCCACACCAUCCUUAUGAAUUCGUUUUCCUGGCUUUGCUCGAGAUGAGGAAAAAGAGCGCCCAUAAUCACAAGCAACAACCACCAGUCGUGACAAUUGGUGGGAAAAUGAAAAACAAAAUCACUGCUGUGAGCACUCGAAUGCGCACGAGAGAGAGUCAGGAGAAACCGCACCGUGGUUGCCCUUUGACACACUCAGCAUGAGUUCAUUUGAGAGGCUUUGUUUUGAUAUCAAUGUUGAAUCUAUUUUCUCGACAACAGUGAAUUUUUGUUUCGAUUGAAAUUGGUAAUAUGGGGAAGGAAACCCACAGCGUUUCUAAGGGAAAAGGAUUCACAGAUUUUCCUCUCUUCUCGGUUGCUUGCUCUCUUUCUCUGUUGGUGCUGCGAUGGAAGUUUGUCAUUGCAUGGUAUCACUUCAAGCAUACAUUCCGGCGUGGUGAGUUGAUGUGUGAACAGCUCGUUACAUUCAGUAACGGUUUAAAUCCUUCAAUCCAUGUGAUUUCGAAACGAUGGAAUACGGUGAUAUAUUUAACGUUACAGUGCUUACUAAAUUAUGAAUACGUUAUUAGUGGGGUAUAUCUAGAUUGUAUCUAAGGCAAAUUUUAGUGUUGUGAGUGCACGAAUAACUAAAUCAAUUGCACGGAAUGUCCAGAAGAAAACAAGCUAAACCUCGUGCAUUGAAACACGGCGAGGACGGUGAUGAAGGAAUGGUGGAAACUCGUGAAUCUGAACUCUUGCAGAGCAACGAUAACAGCGAAAAGGAGAAUAAUAUACCAGAAAAUGAAUCCGACGAGGAAGAUGAUUGCGAUGAGCCGGAAAAUGACGAUGGACUAGUAAAAAGUCGUGAAUAUGACCAUGAAUCAAUAGACUCCAAUGAUUACGAUGACGAUGAUAUAACUUCAGGAAGCUUCUGUUCGGAGCUCUACUCUUCGCGCACAUCGUCAAGUUUUUCACCCUCCAUAUCGGAUGGCAUGACGACGCCUAACUCAAUCACUAACGACGGUGAAGCUGGAGUAUUUUUACCAAACGGGGAUCCUGCAGGCGCUAGCGGUGCUGAUGCUUCUGGAGAAAAAUUCCGCUCUGAUCGACGCAAUAGGAUUGACAAUAACAACAAAAUAAUUAAAAACAACAAUCACACUAAUAGCCACAGCAAGAAUAAUGACGGCACUUAUCGGUGUCAGUUUUGUGAUAAAACAUUUCCUCGUCUUGGGUAUCUGAAGAAGCACGAGCAGAGUCAUACCGAACAUAUGCCAUUCAAGUGCGAAUAUUGUGCUCGUUUGUUCAAACACAAGAGGUCAAGGGAUCGUCAUACCAAGCUGCAUACGGGAGAUCGACGAUAUCGGUGUCCUCAUUGUGAGGCGGCAUUUUCAAGAAGUGAUCAUUUGAAAAUUCAUAUGAAAACCCACGACAACCAGAAGCCAUUUCAGUGUACAAUUUGUAAUCGGGGUUACAAUACUGCAGCAGCCCUAACAAGUCACAUGCAGAAUCAUAAAAAACAGAUAGCCCUAACAGGAAGUCCAAAUUUAACCUACAGUCCACGGUCAACAAGUUCGUUAUCAAGUAGCGCAUCGAAUCCCAAACGAAAGUUCUCACCUUACGAGCAGAAUUUGAUGAUGGUUAACCGAUCUAAAUUGCUCAAAUCUGGGGAGUUAUCCUGUAUGUAUUGUACUCAAAAUGACUUUUCUAAUAUCGAACAGUUGGGAGCACAUGUGCAGUCCAUGCACAGCAAUAUACUAUUGAAUGAAAAUAACUUUCAUCGACAUACUCCCGAUUCAUUUAUACCAUUCCCACCAGUAUCCUGUGAGUUUUGUACAAUGAAAUUUCCUUCAGUUCCGUUGAUGUUAAAUCAUCUAAAAACAAGUCAUUUGGAUAAAAUAAAUAAUACAAAUAACUACUUGGAGCAGCUCAAUAAAAAUCUAAUGAGUACGUAUACAUCGUUCUAUGGCGCUAAAUUUUUCGAUGAAAAACAUGACACUGAAGAGCAACCGGAAGUAAAAAAUGAGCGAUCACCCAGUGAAAAGAGCCUAAAAGAUGAAAACGGAAAUGAUGAAGCCCCCGCCGCUGAGGAAUCAAAGUCCAUCAAACAGGAGAAAAAAGACGAAAAUGAUAACUCCCAAGGCGCUCUCGAGCAACUUGCUCCAACAGACCUAAGUCAACCACGUUUAAAGAAACUUAAAUCAGAGAACGAGAAUCAUUCGACUCCAAAUCAAGAAUUUGGAAAAAAUCCAGAAGGUAGCCAGAAUUUUGCACCUGGAUCGAUAUUAUCAAAUCCACCAGGAGCCUACCUUUGCAAUCAAUGCAACGCAGCAUUGCCUGAUUUUGAAUCUUUCCGCACACAUCUGAAAGCGCAUCUUGAGCAAGGUGCGGCAACAUCAUCGUUCCUUUGCCAACAAUGUGGUAUCACACUAGGAGAUCAGCAAGACUAUGAAAAGCACGUAACUGGGCACUACAUUAUAACCAGCACUGAGUAUGUUUGCGAUCCAAAUUGUUCCAAAGCUUUCUCUAAAACGGAAGAGCUACACAAACAUUUAUACGAUUCCCAUACUCAAGUGAUAUACAAAUGCAUUUUGUGUAAAGAAAAUUUCGAUAGCAAAGUUACCAUUCAGGUUCACUAUGCCGUUGCUCACUCCAAUGAAGUAAAGCUCUAUAGAUGUUCGGCUUGUGCGGAAGCUUUUCGUUCAGAACGAGAAUUUAGAAAUCACAUCAGGUCAAGACAUAUUACACCUGGUGCCGUACAAUGCGUGUUUUGUAGAGUUGUGUGUUCAUCCGAACUAGAAAUGCAAUUUCAUCUGGCUGCGCAUGCAAGAAAGUUUAAAUGUCCCGCUUGUCCAGAAUCAUUCCACGUCGAAUUUUUGUUAGACAGACACAUGCAAACUCAUCAUAGUCACAAAGAAAUUUCCAAUGCGACAGCAAUAACACCGAGCCCGGUUCAUAGUGUAGGAAACACGAAUAACCUUGAUUAUUUGCAAUUACAAGGACAAAUGGCUGCAGCUGCUGCUGGCUGGCAAAAUUUGUAUGCAGCGAAUAAACUGUACAAUCCGUUGCAUGUGGAUACUCUGAACCCUAUGAAACACCCUAGCUUUCUACAUGGAUUCUACGACAGUUUAGGCAAAUCACAUGCGCAACGUUAUCUUGAACAGUCUAAGAAAGGAUUUGUUAGUCCAAAUAAUGCACCACCGUCGAAAGCUUUGCUUAAUCUGUACAAUCAACGAUCAGCUGCUAUAAAUGGAUUAUACUCACCAGAUCAUAAUACACCCAACACUGGCGGAAGUUCACAAUCUGCUUCGUCGUCCAAUUCUACGGGAACGACUAAAACUCCGCAUAUCUACUCGCCAACGACCUUAUUGCACAGAUAUAGCGCAAGUACUUCCGGCUUGACACCUACAACGACGAAUGCUGAAGGAUCUUCUGCUGGAUCGGACAAGCAACAUGCCUCGAAUUCCAAUGUGAACACCAGUUCCGCCAACUACUAUAGUUGUGGAAUUUGUGAGAGAAACGAUUUUGGAACCGAGAACGAAGCACAAACGCAUAGGAAAAUUGUACAUAAUCUUAAAACUGGAGUCAGCUUAAGGUGUGCCUACUGUAGUGGAGAUUUCCGGUCAAGGAAUGAGUUGGAAAAUCAUAUGAAAAUUACUCACAACACCGGAGGGAAGCAUAAGUGUUUGAUAUGCGAUGAAAUUUUCCCUUCGCCAGCAGUGUUAGCAGAACACAAACUAACUCACUGCAAAGUCGGUGCUUCAGGGCGCUGUUCGCAUUGUUCAACAACUUUGCCAGAUGCACACAGUUUUAAAGCACAUCUUACUCAACAUCAUCAGAACGCUGCUGCUGGAUCUACUAGUUCAAACAAUACGUCCAAUAGCAACAUCAACGCUGGAUCCAGUCAAGAACAAGAACGGUUCCCCAUUCAAUGUAUAUGUUGUCGACAAACUCUCAAUUCAGAAUUUGAAAUCAGUUUACACGCAAAAUUUCAUACAAAAUCGGAUGAAACGAACGAGCGAACAUGUGCGCUUUGUUUAGAACCUUUAAGUUCGAGUCAAGAUACAAAAAUCUGCGAAUCGUGUCUUAAGCGGCAUAACUUUCCUUCUAAGCUGCUGUCAAUCAACAAUUUAAUUAAACCAUCUUUACCUCCCACGUCAUCCGGAGCCCAAACUCAAGACGAAGCCUCUAGUCACCAACACCACGCCCAACACACCCAGUCUAAAUGUAAUCUAUGUAAGAAACACAUUUCAAAUGCACAAAAACUGCAAGAACACUUGAUCGAUCACACAUUCGCUGGAUGUGAAGAUCGCGGUUAUGUAUGUUAUCUGUGUUCUUCGGUUUUCACUUCAUCCAGUGGACUGCAAAACCACAUCUCUGAACAUGGCCCUCAAGCAAAACCUUACGACUGCAAUCACUGUGAUGAAGCUUUCUACUUCCGGGCUGAACUAGAGCAUCACCUCAUAAAUCAUGAGCUCGGUAAGGUGCAUUUAGUUACUAAGAGUUCAAAUGAAUUCUCUGUAACCAAAGAAAUUAAAACAGAAAUUUUAGAAUCGACUACAAAAGGUGACGAAGAAACGCAGUUAGAUGAUGCUCAGGAAACCAAUAUUUUCAAAAACCCAGAUGAAGAUUCGGAAACCAAUGAGAAACACGAAGAGGCAGAAGACGAUGAUGAGUACAUUGAAGUUGAACAUAACGUCGACGAAAAUAAGAAGAACGAAACUAAAAUGAAUCACAAUGAAAAUGGAGAAAAUUCUGACUGCUCAGAGUAAAUCUUGUACCACAGACAAACAGACGUCACACUCUCAUCGAUGUCCAUCGACCACCUUUUUAACGGCCGAUUCAAAUAUA